CAGGAAUGACAUUGAGGAGGAUUUCUUGGUAGGACGCCGUCGAUUCACAUGUGUGUGUUCAAGAGUCGCAUUUUCCUGGGGGUAUGGUACCAUGCUCGAAUUGGCGCCGGAACCUCGGAGCCGAACCCACCUUCAAAUUGUAUAAAGAACAAUGUGAUUACCUCCCUCCAGUCAUCCAGAUGCUUUCCUUGCUUUGACAAGCAUCCCGUCGUGACCAACGUUUUGUGCUCAACCCUCCCUCCUCCACCAUGCGGUUUUCUUCCACGACAUUGAUCGCCGGCCUCGCUGCCGUGAGUGUAUCUGAUGCGCGGAGCGUGAAUCUCGUCGAUUGUAAGCGAGCAACGCCUACCGUCUACCUUGCCGGUGACAGUACUACAGCCAAGACCGGGGGGCUUCUCAUGGGAUGGGGUGAAUACCUCCCCCCCCUCCUCAACGGCAUCACCGUCGUCAACAAAGCCGUCUCCGGCCGCUCCGCCCGCUCCUACACCAACGAGGGGCGCUUCACCGAGCUCGCCAACCUGGUCACCGCCGGCGACAUCGUCGUCAUCGAGUUCGGCCACAACGACGGCGGCUCUCCCAACUCGGCCUCCGACAACGGCCGCUCCGACUGCCCCGGCACCGGCUCCGAAGUUUGUGUUUCAGGCAAAACCGGCGAAAAAGUUUACACAUUCAAUCACUACGUCGAGACCGCCGCCAAAACCAUCAUCGCCAAGGGCGCCUCCGUCAUUUUUGCGUCUCAAACGCCUAAUAAUCUGUGGGAGGGCGGGAGCUACGGCGGGUAUGCCCCGCCGGUGCGGUUCGUGGGGUAUGCAAGCCUCGCGGCCAAGAAUCUUGCAAACACAGGAAAGGCCAGUUUUGUGGAUCAUUAUCAAGCUGUGGCGAAUAUGUAUUUGAAGCUGGGGAACACUAAGACGAACUCGCUUUAUCCUAGCGAUCAUACGCAUACCAGCCCUGAGGGGGCGGAUCUGGUGGCCAAGGCGUUUGCGCAGGCGGUUAUGUUAGCUUGGAAUGGGACGACGCCGUUGAAGGGGUAUUUGAGGCCGGGGAAUCCUACUGUUUUUUAACUGAAAGAAGGAGAGGUUAGGUUAGCUCUAGAAAUGGAAGCUUAAUCGGUUGAAGGAAGUCGUCUUUGAGUUUUUUUAAUUUGUCUGCUUGCCCCGCCGGGCCGUUACGCAAACGAGCGGGCUGGACCGUUCCUUCCCGG